CCGGCGAAACGUGAACAACGAGCAAGACACGCAAAACACACAAAAUGGCACAACAAAGCAAAACACAAAUUUACUUAAAAGUCAAGAAACCGCUAUUGGAACGUCAAAGACGUGCACGUAUUAAUAACUGUUUGGAGGCAUUAAAGAAACUCGUCGCUGAGUUGCAAGCCGACGAAGCCGUACUACGCAUGGAUAAAGCAGAGUUACUCGAGCAAACACUUGUUUUCGUACGUCAACAGUGCCGCAGUAAAGCACAACAACAAAGCGCACAAGUGCACACCGAUUCAUUUCGUAAUGGCUAUAUGAAUGCAGUUAAUGAGGUGUCACGUGUGAUGGCCUCAACACCCGGCAUGAGCGUGCAAGUGGGCAAAUCUGUAAUGACACAUUUGGGUCGCAGUUUUAAUCGCCUGCAACAGGAGCAGCAGCACCAACAACAACAGCCACAAAAUUACACAGUUCAACAGCAGCAACAAGUUUCACAUCAGCAAACAAGCACAGUUACAAAUAUGCAACCACUACGCAUUGAAUGCGCACCACUGAGUCCUGCUUCUUCCGGCUAUCAUAGUGACUGUGAAAGUCCCAUCGCGUCACCUGUUGCACAGCAGCAGCACACAGCGGCAGAGAGUUUGUGGCGACCUUGGUAAUGCAAUAGCAUUGCAAAGCAAAAGAAAGCAAGGAAGGAGAGCGUGAGAGACUAGUGGGCACAUACUGAUAUGUCCACCACCAACUGUGAUACUACAAUGUGAUGUUUCUAUUGAACAACAAUGUUAUUAUAACGACAUUGAAAAAAAAAUUAAGAAUUAAACUAUAUACAAAUAAAUAUAAAAUGUACACUUACACCAACAAAUGCAUAAGUUCUUUUCAUUUUGUUAAAUUGGGGUUCUCUCAGGCGCUUCAUCAGUGCAUGCAAUUUCAUUGUUGUUGACUUUGUUAGGUACAAUUUAAUUUUUACACUUUACACACAUAUUUGCACAGCACAACACUUGAUAACUCUUAAUUAAA